CUCAGGUCUCCUAUCGCCAUCGCCUGCAAUCCUCCCACACACAGCUCCAGCAAAGCCUCCUCCAGUCGGCCUGAGCUGGUCUUCCCUUCCCUUCUCUUCCCAGCUGCGUCACUCCCAGAUUCCUUCGAUUCUCUCGCCAUGGCUGUCUGCACCAGCUCCCCAGCUCUGCGUCGGUUCAUCAGCACCUCAACCGAGAGCCUGAACAUGUCUGCCAUCGCCUCGGUUUCCUCCAAUGUCGCUUCUGUGCCGUCCGUCACCUUCACGGCGUCGCCCUCGUCGCUUCACGCCGUCCCGAUCAUCAUCCCUGCUGCUACGGCCCAGGCACAACGGGAUUCAAUCUCGGAGCACCUGAACCCGCUACUGUCACACAUCUGCGCUUGGUCGCAUCCCACCUCGGCCCAGCUCCACACCUUCGCCGUCCCGGCUGGCAUCACCGUCUCGCAGUACCACCUGAGGAACUACCCGCUGCCAUCGUCCCUCACCGAAAAGUACGAGCUGUGCUGGGAAAUUGGCUCGGGAUCGUCGGGCUUUGUCCUGCGCGGCAUUCGCAUCUGGGACAACAUGCCGGUCGCCAUCAAGUUUAUUUUCAAGGAUCGCAUUGCAAUCGACAACAUUGCCCGCGGCAUGCCGAGAGAGAUCUUUAUCCACAAGAAGCUCAACCACCCUGGUAUCGUCCGCAUCUUGGACGUUCUCCAGGAUGACAAGUUUUACUUUAUCGUGACCGAAGUCCACGGCGUCCCAUCGUACAACCCCUAUGUCAACUCGAAUGAGCCUGCCAUGUCACCGGACCUGUUCGAGUUUAUCAAGCGACACCCAACGCUCGAGGAAGAGCAAAUCCGGUUCAUAUUCCGGCAGCUGGCAGAAGUUGUCCGGUACCUCCAGCAGGAGAUCAAUGUGGUGCAUGGCGACAUUAAGGAUGAAAAUAUCGUCAUCGAUAACAACCUUAUUGUGAAGCUCAUUGACUUUGGAGGCGCCCGUCACAUCCCCCGGACAAGAGCUGGAUGGACGCGAGCAGAAGACUACCUGGGAACGAUCCGCUAUGCCCCGCCAGAGAUCCUGAACGGCGAGGAGUUCCGUGGCCCCGAGGUUGAGAUGUGGUCGCUUGGAGUGGUGCUGUACAAGCUUACAUUCGGAGUGCAUCCCUUUCCCGACUCGACGAGCGCUCUUGAAGGCAGAGCCAAGAUGGACUGGGUGACACGCAGCCCGGAACUGCUCGAUCUGAUCUCGCGGCUUCUGGAUGUGGACCUGCAUUCGCGAGCCACCAUCAAGGAGGUGAUGAACCAUCCAUUCCUGACCAUGCAUCACGAAAGCGCCGCGCCAACCAAGGCUGUGCUCAUUUGAGCGCUGCAGAUUCGGUAUCAUCGCGCAUCACUGCAUCACUGCGUCACUGCGUCACCGCACCGCCGCGGCCGCUUCUGCUCGUUGCCGCGAAGCCUACGAUGGCGAGCUGCUGGCCACCAACUAUCGUCG